AUGGUGAGCAACAACUAUCUCAUGCAGGAAGGAGCUGGAGAAGAAUUGAAGGGUAUUUUGAAUAUGUCAAUUCCGAACAAUGAGAUUAAGUGUGAAGAUGAUGUCGUUGAGAUUGAUGGUAUUGGAGGAGCAGGGGUGAAAAGGGGAAAUAGGCCAACAACCACCCUUACCAAGCCAGCUUGGAAGACCGUCAAGCAAAGACUGAAAGAGGAGUCAAAAAAAGAUUAUAGUCAAGAACAACUUAAGAACAAAUAUAAUCAAUUAAGACAAGGAUGGAAGGACUUUGGUAAAUUAAUAGGGGAAACUGGGAUUGGAUACAAUGCUGUGACUUAUCAACUUUCGGCUGAGGAUGAUGUAUGGAAAAAGUUAUAUGAGAAACAUAAGUCUGCCAAAACCUUUAGAAGGAAAGGAUGUAAGCAUUUUGAUAAACUAUGCAUAAUUUUUGGUGAUACAACAACUACUGGUGUUAGUUCACAUCCUUCUACAAAAAGCCCUUCUGAUAGUGAGGAUGAAAAUGACACUGAUGGAGAAGAAGGUGAUUUAGAAAAACAAUGUGAAGACGGUCCAAAAAACAAGAAAGUCAAAACUAAUGUCAAUCCUAAGAAAUUAAGGGAGAGAGUUAAUACAGCAAUGGCAGAUGCAUUGGUUGCAAUGAGUGAGAAUUCUAAGAAAAAACUUGAACUUCUUGAGAAAAAUUUUAAUGGUAGUGAUGAAGGUGGACACCAAUCGGUGGAGGAUCAUGAUUUGCUAAUGGAAUGCGUUGAUAAAUUGAGUGCUCUCGAGGGAAUUGACGGGGCUUCAUUUGCAAAGGCAACUAAACUCAUACAUGAUGAUCCAUUAUGGAGGAAAAUGUUCCUUCGAUUUCCAGAUGAUAGGAAAAUAGAUUUUGUUCUUAAUCUUUAA